AUGGAAUCGAGAAAUUGUUGUAUUGUGUUUAUAAUUUUCACUCUGGUGAUAGUCCAAGCCGUUGGUUACGACACUGAACUAUUUGAAACUGCUCCUUGCGACAACAACGCUUGCUUUGAUGCUCUUCGUGGUGCGUUAGGAGAUUGUUCAUGCAAUGUUGAUACUAUUGACUAUUUCAAUAAUGUGAAGAUAUUUCCCCGCAUCCAGAGUUUAGUGAGUAAAGACUAUUUCCGCUUCUAUAAGGUCAAUUUAAAAAAAGAAUGCCCUUUCUGGGCGGAUGACAGUAGAUGCGCCAUGAAAUAUUGUCACAUUAAAACUUGCGCUAAGGAAAGUGUUCCGGGAUAUGCAAAUGGAUACAAUAAUGAUAAUGAUGAAGCACCUGCAAUGAAAUAUUCAAAAGAAGCUCAGACUGCUUGCAGCACUGAUGAAGACCAUAAUCCAGAUUUAGGUUAUUUAAACAUGACCAUAAGUGCAGCAAGCCAGUUCGAAAUAGCAAAAUGGAAUGCUCAUGAUAGUGCAUUGGAGAAUUUUUGUGAGUGUGAUGAUAGAGAUGCUGAAGCUGAAUAUGUGGAUCUUUCUCUUAAUCCAGAAAGAUAUACUGGUUAUAAGGGCUCCUCUGCACACAGAAUUUGGAGGAGUAUUUACCAGGAAAACUGCUUUAGACCUAGACUAAACCCAUAUGAAUCAUUCCCAUAUGUCCUGAGUUCAGAUUUGAGCAACCUUUGUCUGGAGAAGAGAGUAUUCUAUAGAGCAAUAUCAGGUUUGCAUAGCAGUAUUAAUAUUCAUUUGUGUUCAAAUUAUUUACUGUCUGAAAAAGGUGUUGGAUUUGCUGCACCACCUGAAGGAGAGUGGGGGCCAAAUUUAGCUGAAUUUCAACGUCGCUUUGAUCCAUCCCAGACACAUGGAGAAGGUCCUAACUGGUUGAAAAAUUUAUACUUUGUAUAUUUAUUAGAAAUGCGAGCCCUUGCUAAGGCUGGCCCUUACUUAGAAACAGAGGAAUAUUUCACAGGCAACCCUACAGAGGAUGAGGAGACUCGAGAGGCAAUCAGCAAUAUGCUGAGUAUUAUAUAUACAUUCCCUGACCAUUUCAAUGAAUCAUCAAUGUUCAAUGGUGGCAGUCAAGCCGCGAAGCUGAAAAAUGAGUUUCGUGAGCACUUUUGGAAUAUUUCACGGAUUAUGGACUGUGUGGGUUGUGACAAGUGCAAAUUAUGGGGUAAGCUUCAGACCCAGGGCUUAGGUACUGCCUUGAAAAUUCUUUUCUCUUCACAGUGGGACAGUCUUGAGGGUGACCCAGAACAGGGCAAGCUGCCAGUGAGACAUAAGGCGAAUAAGAGACUCCAAAGAACUGAAAUUGUAGCACUUUUUAAUGCAUUUGCAAGGCUCUCAAACAGUAUUCGACAGUUGGAAGAUUUCAGAAUUAUGCUAAGGUAA